AUGAAAACAAGAAACCAGAAAAUUACCAAUUUACCUCAAAGUUUCUCAAUGGAUCUUGAUCCAAACCAAACUAACAAUGUUUCCUCUGAGAGAUCAAAAUUGAAAGCUAAAGAGCCGGUGAUCUUGAAAAUCCACAAACACCAUUUUAAGGAGAUGGUUCAUCGCCUCACCGGCUCAACCUGUGGUCGUCGUUUCGACAUGUUACGUCCUCCGCCAUUCGUUGUUAACAAUAGCCCACCAAGUGCCUCUCGUAUUACUACACAACGUCCUUAUCGAUUUCCUACGGUCCCGACUAUGACCGAUCCCAUGAUCACCUCAACGGUUGAAUCACUCAACACUCGACCUCCGUCUCCACCGUCUCUUCCUCGAGAGAAAGAUUCGGUGGAAGCGCGAGUGAUGGAAGACGAUAUGAACCAGGAACAGUUACAUGGGUCUAUGUUGCCUCCCCUGUUCGUAAAUGGUGAUGAGUGCCAACAACAAGAGAGCAUUCCUCCUCCACCAGUUCCAGCGAACAUUACACCACCACCAGUUCCAGCGAACAUUACACCACCACCAGUUCCGACAAGUGCACCGUUCGGUUUUUUUGAGUGGGUUAUGUCUCCUGAUAAUCUACAAACGGAGAACAUUCAACAACCACCACUUCCGACGACUUUACCGUCCGGAUCAUUAGAUUGGGCCAAUUCUAUGACCGAUCUACUAUCCGAGGGCAUUCCUCCACCAGUUCAGGUGACUUCACCGGACGAAUCUUUAUAUUGGCAGUUGCCAGAAUCUCUGAACGGUCCACUCUCUCCGAGCUUGAUGUUGUCUCCAGUUCAACGUUCUCCGGAAAAUUCACUGUUAGGGAGUGUAGACUUGCCAAAUCCUCUCAACAAUAUACGACCAGAGAAUGUUCCACCACAAGUUUCGGCAGCUUCACCGUUAUGGAGUCUAGACUGCCCCAUACAAUCAGAGAACGUUCUACCGUUAGUUUCAGCGACUUCACCGUUAGACUGGCCAAAUCCUCAGAACAAUCUACAACCAGAGAACGUUCCACCACUGGUUCCGGCGACUUCACCGUCAAUGAGUCUAGACUUUCCUAACUUUCAGAACACUCCACCACAAGUUCUGGUGACUUCCUCGUUAGACUGGCCAAAUCCUCAAAACAAUCUACAACCAGAUAACGUUCUACCGGUGACUUCGCCGCUAGAUUGGACACCAAAUCAACUAGAGAACUAUGUACAACUAGAGAACGUUCCACCACUAGUUCCGGAGAAUUUACCGUUAGACUUGCCAAAUCCUCAGAAUAAUCUACAACCAGAGAACGUUCCACCAUUGGUUCCAGAGACUUUACCGUUAAUGAGUGUAGAUUUGCCCAAUUUUCAGAACACUCCACCACCAGUUCCGGUGACUUCUCCGUUAGGGAAUCUAGAGUGGCCUUUUCACCGAUCAAUAUACCUUACCUGA